AGGACGGGCCUCAGGGACCCUUUCUGAAGGACUUCGAGUGUAGGAUUACAGGUGCAGACCCCGCUGUGUGGCAGAGUGAAGACUUUGAAACUGACCCUUCUUUCGAGGCAAUACCUGUCUGUACCAGGUCCUGCAUGGAUCAUAUUGCAGAGGAAGGGAGGCAAGUGGUUGUCCCCGGCAUUCCAGGGCCAUUUUUACCUUCUGAUGACCUUCGAGCUUAUGCCUACGAGGGGGAUAGCUCACCACCAGGUUCCCUCUCCUCUACCGUUUCAGGACUGCAAGAAGAAAUGGAUAAUAUCAAACCUCAAAUGCCACAACUCUUGGAGGUCAUGGAACUUCUGAAAAAUCUUCCUGACGGAUCAAGAUCUUCCUUUACAAUAAGCAGUCCUCACACACAAGAGGAACAAAAAGAAGUCACUGAAACCUCCCCGAAAAUAUGUAAACAGGAACUACACAGUCAACCAGAAGACCGCACAAAGAUUCCAGGGACUGCACAGGUUCGAUCACAACCUUACCUUUUCAGACUUUUGAUUCAGUCUUCUACUUUUAUAUCACAUAAAUGGAAAAAUGUAAUAGGCAGCAAUUCAUCCAAUGAGGAGAGGCCUCAGACCGAUCUGCAAAGAAACUCUCAGCUGGCUACUAUUUCAUAGAAUCUUCCUCUACUGCGGUGCCAUUCGGAAGUCCUCCUUCCCUUCUUUUUUUUUAAACAGCUUGUCCACAGUGUAAUUGGGCAUGAACUGGGUAAUGGGCAGGUGAUACAUAUUUUUACUUUGAUAUCUACACUGAAGUCUCUGUGAAUAAAUACCAAAAGAUUAUAAGAUUCCACUUGAAAUUAAUUCAUUCCUGAAGUUCAAUUAAAAAGGAAAGAAAUGAAAAAAAUGAAAUAAAAUAAGUAAACAGACAAAUAAAUGAAUCUAUAAAGUUGCCUACGACAGGAAAUUGUUUAACAGAAUAUAAUAAACUACCAUCAAGAAACUGCCCAUUCAGGAAAUCAGUCCGAGAGGUCAUUUUUAUUCAUUGCAAUAUUUUUCUAGUACCUUUUAA